GCCGUUUCAGGGGGCUGGUUCGAGCGUGACUGACGAGUGAUUUAUCAGAUCAGAAUCACAACAUUCCUCAUUUUCAUUAAUUUAUUUCCGAUAAUUUCACUAACUAGAGAAAAUCCACAUAGGUAAGUGAAUUAAAUAACAAAUGGCUACGUCUCGAGUGAAAACACGCGAAUCGAAAACGGGAGAGCUGAUUGCUUACAGUGAAACCGCCAUUCGAAACAAUGCAUCCGCCGUGGAGUACUGCCGGACGUCUAUGGCUGCUCUGUCCGGAAGCACUGCUGGUGUCCUCGGUCUAACCGGAAUAAUCGGAUUCUUGUUCUACGUGUUGGCCGUUCUCGGUCUCUGGUGUAUGCUGCUGCUCAAGUCUGGAUCGAACUGGCAAAAAUAUUUCAUCACCCGGAAAAGCCUGCUGACUAAUGGAUUCCUUGGUGGCCUUUGCACGUAUGUACUGUUUUGGACUUUCCUCUACGGCAUGGUUCACGUGUAUUAGGGAAUCUAUAUUAACGGGGAAGGUUGGACUCGUCAAAUCAGGGCAAGUCUAUUGCAAUUAUUAGCGAUUCGUUCUUGAUUCAAAAGAAAGGAAACGUUUUGAAAUGUUAAGCGUUGUCGUCGUAAUUUGUUCGGUAAUAAAUUAAGUGAACAAUAAUAUCCUA